GACACUGAGUGUGCCCCCCCUUAGUGCCUGACACUGAGUGUGCCCCCCCUUAGUGCCUGACACUGAGUGUGCCCCCCCUUAGUGCCUGACACUGAGUGUGCCCCCCCUUAGUGCCUGACACUGAGUGUGCCCCCCCUUAGUGCAUGAUACUGAGUGUGCCCCCCCCUUAGUGCCUGAUACUGAGUGUGCCCCCCCUUAGUGCCUGACACUGAGUGUGCCUUUUUAGGACAUUACAAUUUGUGCACACCCCUAGGUCCUAUGAAUGUACAUCAAUAGGUCAUGAAGUAAGCACAACACUACACGCAGCCACUUCUAGGACGCGCAUCUUGUGCAGGUUGUCUCCCAGCACAGGCAGUACACUGCAUAUUGUGCACAGUACACAGCGUGUAUAUUAGCCACAUCACAAAAAACUUGUAUUGACCAACCACAGAGAAUGCUGUACCUGAUUGGCUUAGGUCUUGGUGAUGCCAAAGAUGUGACCAUGAGAGGCCUGGAGGUGAUCAGAAGUUGCUCACGUGUGUACCUAGAAGCGUACACCUCCAUACUGACUGUGGGAAAGGAUGCUCUGGAAGAAUUCUACGGACGGGAACUCAUCCUCGCUGACCGAGAAACAGUAGAGCAGGAAGCAGAUGAGAUCCUGAGGGAUGCCACAGACACAGAUGUUGCAUUCCUGGUGGUUGGCGAUCCUUUUGCGGCGACAACACACAGUGAUCUUGUUCUGCGAGCAGCCAAGGCUGGGAUCCGUCAUUGCGUCAUACAUAAUGCCUCCAUCUUGAACGCUGUUGGGUGUUGUGGCCUGCAGUUAUAUAAUUUUGGGGAGACCGUUUCCAUCGUCUUCUGGACAGAUUUAUGGAAGCCUGAGAGUUUUUAUGACAAAAUUAGAAGGAACCGACUGAGUGGAAUGCACACACUGUGCCUACUGGAUAUUAAAGUGAAGGAGCAGUCAGUGGAAAACCUGAUGAAGGGAAAAAAGAUUUUUGAGCCUCCUCGCUACAUGACUGUGAACCAAGCCGCUGAUCAGCUCCUGGAGAUUAUACAGAACCGCCGGGAACUGGGAGAGGAACUCGCAUUUACAGAGAACACGAUCUGCGUGGGGUUGGCACGUGUGGGGGCAUCUGAUCAGCACAUUGCAGCGGGUACAUUGCAGCAGCUUCGGGAGGUGGACUUUGAGGGUCCGUUGCACUCUCUGGUGAUCAGCGGCUGUUUGCAUCCCCUGGAGCUGGACAUGCUCAGACUGUUUGCUGUGGAUCCAGCCACAUUAGAGCAGAUAAACGUAGAGGAUAGUUCUACAUUUCUGUCAUAGGUGUAUCAGGGGCCACAGCACGGGGUCCGGCCCUCCCUGUACAGGGCACAUAUCAUUUAGGUCUGCUGUCAUUACUAAAAGAAUGUUGUGAUUAUAGAGAAGAGCAUGACCCCGUGUUAGAUCAGUGUGCACACAGCUGUACCCGGUCACAUUGGGCACUGUACGGCACGUUAAAGUGACAGUAGACGUCAGAAAUCACUGCAGCGCAGGGUGUGCCAAGUGGGUCCCUGCAUUAUUGGCGGGGACCUGAUGUCGGCUAAACUGUACUUUGUGUAUGCUGUGUCUACAUGCUGCAGCUGCGGGAUGGCACAGUGCUUAUUUCUUAUGGUCACUGUCCCUUUAACUAAAGUGAACAAGCUCAGUACUCAGACACAAACCCUCCUUAAAGGGACCUUCAUUCUAGCUCCUCAUUACAAAAUAAAAACUUGCAGCAGCAA